AACCGAUUCAGAUGUUACGAGUAUUCCGAAACGUCUAACUGCUGUUUUCAACGAGACCAAACAUGAAAUAAUUUCAUCGAUUCCCAGUCUAUCUGAUAUCGAAGCUCGACUUGAUGUUGAACUAGUCGAUCGUACAGUUGGUCAACUGACAGAGUUUUCAAGAGACAAAGUUACUGAUGUUGUUCCGGUUCUCCAGGCGUUAUUUGACAUGACGCCGUCUGUCUAUUUCACUGAGGAUGGUGGCGAAUUUUGUAUUCUACUGCGGCCAAUAGAAAACAGUGAAUAUGGCUCAACAUGGGCGACUUUUCUCGUCGACACUUUUAAUUUGAUAAUUGGUGAUCGUGCUAUUAAUUUUCAAAUGGGAAAAAGUAUUGAACAACUUUCUAUAUGCCAACCAGUACUGUCAGUACUUAUACUGGCGGUACGUAAAUUGACCCAUUUUAAGCAAAGUUAUCAAUCAUCCACUAUCCAUUGUAUCAGUGACGAAAGUAAACAACUACUCAUUAUGGAGCUCAAUUCGAUGGACAUGUAUAUUGAUGGUAUCUGUAACGCGUUAUCAAACGAAACUACGAAUGAAGUGAGAGCGUUUAAAUCGAAUUUAUGCAAGCUUGCUAAUAAGAUAGAAGAUCUUGUGCGUCUUUUGGGAAAAAUUGAUCAAGAGCUUGAUGAUGCAUUGAAUGGCAUCAAAAACCAGCGACGAAAUUGGACUGUUGGUUCUGCUGCUUCGACUGUAGCAACCGCAGCUGCAUUUUGGUAUUUUGGAAAAAACUGGAAGACGCUUUCACGAACUGGGCAAGCUCUCGCUGGAGGAAUAACACUUGCAAGCGCAACCACAACCGCCGGUUGCGUUUACAUGCACGAAGAUCUAAGAGUCAGCAUAAUGACCCACAAACAUAUCAAAGAGCUUCUUCGUGAAUUCGGUAGAGAUUUAGAAGACACGGCCAAAUGUGCCGAUUUCAAUUUACAGACUAAAGAAAAUAAUUUCCGGUACCGAAAAUCGAUUUUGAAUAAUGCUUUUGAUAAAUUUAGAAUCAAAAUCGAUGAAGUACGGUUAAUUGGAGAAUUGAAUCUUAUUGAACAAAUAUCUAAAGAUAAAUGA